UUCAAAUGCAAUGGGAAAACUGUAAACUCAUGACAUCACCGUUGCGGCGACCAAUAACAGCAUAGUUAGUGGAGCCACCACGCCAGUGCUGGUGCUUGGUUCUCCUCAUUUCAGCAACAGUGUGACAUUUCCAGCUCGUCUCAGAACAGCAUCUUAUUACCUUGCCAGCAAAUCAGUAACAAGUCACCAUCAUGUCUAAAGGUUCAGUAGUUCUGGCCUACAGCGGCGGACUGGACACAUCCUGUAUUUUGGUGUGGCUGAAGGAGCAGGGUCAUGAUGUCAUUGCUUACAUGGCCAAUAUUGGACAAGAUGAGGACUUUGAAGCAGCUCGCAAAAAGGCAAAAUCACUUGGUGCCAAAAAGGUCUUCAUUGAAGACCUUCGCGCCGAGUUCGUGGAGGACUUCAUCUUGCCCGCUGUCCAAGCCAACGCUGUCUACGAGGACCGGUAUUUACUGGGCACCGCGCUGGCUCGGCCCUGCAUCGCCCGCCGACAGGUUGAGAUUGCACGUCGAGAGGGAGCUCAGUAUGUGUCGCACGGUGCCACUGGAAAGGGCAAUGACCAGAUCCGUUUUGAGCUCACUUUCUAUGCACUUUAUCCUGGGGUUAAGAUAAUUGCACCCUGGAGGAUUCCUGAGUUCUACAACCGUUUCCGAGGGAGAAUAGACCUGUUGGAAUAUGCAGAGAAACAAGGCAUCCCUGUGCCCGUCACUCCACGAGCCCCCUGGAGCAUGGACGCUAAUCUUAUGCAUAUAAGCUAUGAGUCCGGCAUCCUGGAAAACCCUAAGAACCACGCUCCAACUGACCUCUAUCAAAUGACCAAGAACCCAGAAGAAUCUCCCUCCUCCCCUGAUGUACUGGAGCUGCACUUCAAAAACGGAGUGCCUGUCAAGGUGGUCAGUGUGAAAGAAGGAAUAUCCAAACACACCCCUUUGGAAAUAUUUGUGUUUUUAAAUGAGAUUGGAGGAAAGCACGGAGUGGGUCGCAUCGACAUCGUGGAGAACCGUUUCAUCGGCAUGAAGUCCCGAGGGAUCUAUGAAACCCCUGGAGGUACCAUCCUGUUGGCAGCCCAUCUCGACAUAGAGACGUUUACCAUGGACAAGGAGGUGCGCAGAAUCAAGCAGGGGCUCGGCAUCAAGUUCUCUGAGCUUGUCUACAAUGGCUUCUGGUACAGUCCAGAGUUUGACUUUGUGCGCCACUGCAUAGUCAAGUCCCAGGAGAACAUUGAAGGCAUAGUCCAGCUGUCAAUUUUCAAGGGCCAAGUCUACAUCCUGGGACGAGAGUCGCCCAAGUCCCUGUACAACCAGGAGCUGGUCAGCAUGGAUGUACAGGGAGACUAUGACCCGUGCGACGCCUCCGGAUUUAUCAGGAUCAACGCCGUCAGGCUGAAGGAACACCAGCGUCUUCAGGGUCUUCCCAGUGCCAAACAGUGAACCUACAAAGGAGCCACACUCCAAUUUGAAGUAGAAUCUCAAUAAAAACUACAGUAUAUUUGCAAUUUCUUCAUUCCGUUCCAAAGCAAUGUAUUAUGUUACCUGAUCGUUCCCAUUUUGAAUAAUGGAAAGAAUUUGAAAUAGAAGCUGAAAUGAAUGCUCAGUGAAAAUUGAAUCUGUUGUUUGUCGGCCGUAUGUUUACGCAUGUACGGUAAUGCAGUGGUCCUCUACCGCCGAGACGGGGACCGGUAUCUUUCCAUAGUGCAUAUUCUACUGGUCUGCACAGAAAUAAUAAAUAAUUAAUUAAUAGGGAUGGGAAUUGAUAAGAUUUUUACGAUUCCGAUUCCAUUAUCGAUAUUGCUUAACGAUUCGAUUCUUUAUCGAUUCUCUAAUCGAUUCUAAUUUGGACUAAUAGACUGUAUGAGGUUUUGGGUUCAAUAUGUUUUAUGUUUCAUUCACCUCGGGGUGUCGGUUAGAGCACAAGGAGCGGAGCGUGGAGUUGGUCUUUGGCACUUUUAAUCCAAUUUGGCAACAGGAACAACUAUAUACAGGCAAUGACACUUGAUAUGAGAAUCACUCAAUGAGCAGAUGAGACCAUGCGUGGAAAGAUGUUGAUGUAUUUGUAUGUGUGUGGAAGAAGACUGGAAUGUGUGGGUAUAUGUGUGGUUCUGAAAGGAAAAAAAAUACAUCAUAUUAGUGCUGAUGCAAUAAACAAUGCAAAUUGACUGUAAAGCAGUCAAUGACAUACAUACAUGACUCGCACUGUAUAAUGAACACAAAGGUGGGAGGCGAGAAUGCGUGUGCACAACCCGGAAGCACACUGCAUGCACGUGCGGUCAUCUUUGCCAUAAAAGUGGCGAAAACUAAGCACUUUACACUCAUAUGGAUGUACAACAUCAUCUUAA